GCAAUAAACUUGAUAGAGCAGACAAGCUUCCUGGCUGGACAGCAGCUCAAAGGAAAGAUGGAUGGAUGUUCUCUCAUCGACAAUCCUGGGCCUUCCACCAUCCCAGUCCCAUCAGAUACAUCAUCAGAUGGACACAAGCCUUAUGACUCUGAAUUAAAGAGCCAUCGCUGGUCAGCAUGUGCACAAGACCCCUCUCAAAGCAUGCCACUCUUGGAAAGGCUGGAAGCCCAGGAGAGUCCAAAACUCAAGAUGGAAAUGGAAACCACCAGAGAAAAGUCCAACAAAAUACAAAGUCAGACAGGGGGAUGCUGGGGCCAAAUCUGCAAACCUCUGAGCUACAUCACAGGUGAUAUGAAGGCAUUUGGAGAGUGGCUGAAAGAUAAGCCUAUGUUGUUCCAGUUCACUGACUGGGUGCUGCGUGGUGUGUCUCAGGUGAUGUUUGUCAGCAAUCCACUUAGUGGUCUGGUCAUGCUUGUUGGAUUUCUGGUCCAGAGUCCUUGGAUGACCCUCACAUGUUGCACAGGUGUCAUUGUCUCAACUUUAACAGCACUUGUCCUAAGCCAAGAGAGGUCGGCCAUUGCUGCAGGACUCUAUGGUUACAACGGAGUCCUAGUGGGGAUGCUCAUGGCUGUAUUCUCAGACAAGGGCGAGUAUUAUUGGUGGCUGUUGCUUCCUGUGGUUCUUGCAUCCAUGACAUGCCCUCUUUUCACAAGCGCUUUGGCUUCUCUAUUCAGUAAAUGGGACCUGCCAGUUUUCACUCUGCCUUUCAACUUGGCUCUGAGUCUCUUCGUAGCUGCCACUGGACACUACAAUCUCUUCUUCCCCACAACACUUAUUCAGCCUAUAAACUCAGUACCCAACAUCACUUGGCCGGAGGUCCAGGUUUCUUUGCUUUUCCAGUCUAUUCCAGUAGGAGUUGGGCAAGUGUAUGGUUGUGAUAACCCCUGGACUGGAGGCAUUAUCAUGGUGGCGCUGUUCAUUUCUUCGCCCCUCAUCUUCAUUCAUGCAGUGAUUGGCUCAGCAAUGGGGAUUCCUGCAGCACUGAGUCUGGCAUCGCCUUUUAGCAAAAUUUAUGCUGGCCUGUGGAAUUACAACAGCUGCCUUUCAUGCAUUGCAAUUGGAGGAAUGUUCUACGUCCUCACCUGGCAGACAUUUUUAUUAGCAGUUGUCUGUGCCCUCUUUACUGCAUAUGCAGGAGAAACCCUGACAAAUAUGUUUUCUGUGUUUGGGAUGCCCCUGGGAACUUGGCCUUUCUGUUUAUGUUCACUCACAUUCCUGCUGUUAACCACCACCAAUGAUGGCAUCUACAAACUGCCUCUCUCAAAAGUCACUUACCCAGAAGCCAACCGAGCCUUUUACUUGUCAAGAAAGGAACAAUGCCCCAAAUCCACCUGUGAUGUGUAAGACUCAAUCCCUUAGAGAUUUAUUUCCUCAUUGCUGUAAGAAAAACAGCAGCUGCAUUUCCCAAGGAGGAAAAGGAAGAGCAUGGAGCCGAAACAAACCAGUCAGUUUUCAAGUGGGCCCUUCUUUUCUUUUUCUGUUUCCAUUUUAUGCUGUAAAUAUUUUCACUAGUGUCAGAAAGAUUUGAAAUUUAGUACAUACAAUGGGCUCUCAAUAUCUACUGGGGUUUGAUUUCAGGACAUCCCACAGAUACCAAAAUUUGUAGAUGCUCAAAUCUAGGGAUGCCAUAUCCUGCCUGUAGGUAGGACAAUCCCUGUUUGGGCAGUGCCAUCCCGGUCCCGGUCCGGUUUGGCGCCAAAACUGGGACGGCACCACCCGCGGCCACCUCACCUCCGCCCCCACGUGCGCCGCAGGGUCCUCCAAGGCCUCGCUGAGGCCUGGGAGUGCUCUCCGCAGUUGGAGUUCCGGCCACAGAGACACUCCCUCCCAGGCCCCAGCGAGGCCUUGGAGGCGGCUCCGCAAUCGCGGAGUCCUCCAAGGCCUCCGUGAGGCCGGGGAGGAGGAGGAGGCCACUUGCCACCGCGGUGAUGGCCGCGAUGACGGGUGGGCCCCACUCCCCUUCCCGGCCUGAGAGGAGGCUGAGACUUCCUCCCAAGCCAGGGAGGAGGAGGAGGACAAGGUUUUAAAAUGUAGGGCCUUUUUUUUA